AUGGCUCCUUCAGCUGCCAGUCCGGCACCAGCAGCUACAACGACCUCGACCUCGACCUCUUCGAAGUCGUCGUCGUCCGUCCCAGCAGAGCAAUUGACCCAUCUCGACCUCCACGGCAAUGUCUUCGAGCUCCCCUCCUUCACCAUGAAGGAAAUCCACGAUGCCAUCCCGGCCUGGUGCUUCAAGCCCUCAAUUCUCCGCUCCAUGGCCUACGUCGUGCGCGACUACUUCUACCUCUCGGUACUGAUCUACCUCGCCGUAACCUACAUCCCGCUGCUGCCCUCCCCAUACCUCCGCUUCGUCGCCUGGGCCGCAUACACCACAGUCCAGGGCUUCGUCUUCACAGGGAUCUGGAUCCUAGCCCACGAGUGCGGACACGGCGCCUUCUCCAAGUCCAAGUAUCUGAACUACACCAUGGGACUGAUCAUGCAUUCGUUCCUGCUCGUGCCGUUCCACAGCUGGAGAUUGUCACACUCGCAGCAUCACAAGGCGACGGGGAAUAUGGAGCGGGACACGGCUUUUGUGCCGCACACGCGCGACUCGUGGAUCAAGACAAACUUUGGGGCAAAGGCGAAGGCUAAUAUGGUUGAGUUUGCGGAGCUGGCGGAGGACUCGCCGAUUGCUGCUCUCUGGCAUGAUUUCGUGCACCAGCUUUUUGGAUGGCCUGGAUAUCUGCUGUUUAACUUGACGGGACAGAAGUAUGAUGGGGCCAAGGGUGCGAAGAUUUCGCAUUUCUAUUAUGGAGAGGAUAGUGUGUUCUUCAAGAAGAAUGAGUUGCCGUUGAUUAUGCUUUCGGAUUUGGGUGUGGCGGUUAUGAUUGCGGGUUUGGUUGUUGCGGGACAGAUGUUUGGGAGUUGGAAUGUGAUUGUUCUGUGGGGAGUUCCGUGGUUGUGGGUGAACAACUGGAUUGUGGCCAUCACAUUCCUCCAACACACUGACGCAGCCAUGCCUCACUACGACAACAAAACCUGGACCUUCGCCCGCGGCGCCACCGCAACCAUCGACCGCGACCUCGGCUUCAUCGACACCCACCUCUUCCACGACAUCAUCGGCACCCAUGUCUGCCACCACCUCAUCUCUACCAUCCCCUUCUACCACGCCGGCGAGGCCUCCAAGCACAUCCGCCGCGUCAUGGGCAAGCACUACAUCGCCGACGUCAAGACCCCCUUCUGGACCGCCUUCUGGAAGAACCAGCGCACCUGCAAGUUCGUUGAGGAGACCAAGGGCGCGGAAGGCUCAGGCGUCUAUAUGUUCCGCAACUUGUAUAAUCGCGAGGGAGAGACGCAGCCGCUGGCUUUGGCGAGUGGAGCUGGAGCUGGAGCUGGAGCCGCGGCCGGUGUGGAGGGCAAGGAGAAGAGUGCUGGAGCGAUGGCGACGGCCAUGUCGAGUUCGAGGAACUUGGACGCCAGGAGACGGCUGUCGCAGUCGGCUCAGCUGAGAGCUAAUCUUCCUCUUUUGGCUGAUGGUUAG